GCGGCGAUUAGAGAGAGAUUGUCCCACCUUACAUUUUUUUCUUGUAUAAAAAGAGAUCCAUUGUUCAUUCUAUUUUCCACACACAACAUUUGAGUCAAAACAUAAUCAUGGGUGCAACCUCUUUGUCCCGUGUUACUAGGUAUUUGCCUGUUGGUUUUCGUAGGGAAUUGUCUAGGCAAAAACUACAGCAAUAUGCAGACACAAAUCUUGGUGAUGUUGAAUUUGAAUUUCUUGAUGAUUGUGAUAUGGGUUUAGGUAAUAGUAAUAGUUCAAGUAGUGAUGAGUUUCAUCAUGAUAAUCAUAUGGAGUUAGAUAUUGAAGAUGAGGAGGAUAAAUCUAGUGAGAGGGUUAAUGAAGGUUGUAACAAUGAAGAGAAUAGAAAUUUUUGGGACAACCAACUUCAGCUUUUGCAGACAAACCUAUAUAGAACAAGUUCUGUUGAAAUAAGCAUAAGGAAUGCAACGAAAGAAGCAAUUGAGGAAAUAGAUAGAUCAAAAUUAGAGUGUUGUUGUAGUAGACAGAGUGGUGAAGCCAGAUCUUGUCCAAACUGUUUCAUGAGACAAGUCUCUAGCUACCUUCAAAAUGGUGGUUUUAACAGUGCCAUUUGUAAUACUAAAUGGACAAGUUCACAUAAUCUUCCAUCAGGGGAACAUACAUUUUUGGAUGUGCUGCAUAGUACAAGCAAAGAGAAAGGAGAUAUUAGGGUGAUAAUAGAACUAAACUUUCGAGCACAAUUUGAGAUGGGAAAAGCAAGUGAGGACUAUAACCGUCUUGUGAGGAAACUCCCUGAGGUUUAUGUAGGAAAAGCAGAGAGAUUAAGUAACAUAAUCAAGAUUAUGUGUAUGGCAGCUAAAAGGUGUUUGAAGGAAAACAAAAUGCACAUGGGACCAUGGAGAAAACAUAAAUACAUGCAAGCUAAAUGGUUAGGUCCAUUUAAAAGGAACACUUCAACAAAUUCACUUUCAUUGGGAUAUUCUGAGAGGAAUAUUAAUCCAAAGCAGAAGCCAAAGGCAUCAAUGUUAACAGUGGAUUUGCUAGAGAAGUUUCCUGAUAUGCAUUGCACUGCUAUUGAAGUUGUGUAGAUUGAUACUAUUUUUUGUUUUUUGGUAGAUAGGUUUUUUUUUUUGGUUUAGUUUUAUUUAUUUAUUUCUAUAGUGAGAAAGGUGUGAAUCGAAUAUCGUUUCAUAAGAAUGUAUGAAUUAUUUAUAGCAAUACAUAGGCCCUUUGAACCUGCUUUGAAUUCCCAAGAUCAAAUAAGACAUACACAUAUUUUUGUUGAUUGAUAAGGUAGCAUUUGACUUGAGAACAGUAUAGAAUGCGGCAGUUUGUUA